AUGAGUUUGUUUGACAUGGAUUUGAGUGGUGUAGUGAACAAUCUCUUCAACCUUCAUGAAGCUCCAAGGAUUCAUGAUAAUCAUGAGAACAGAAAAACUUCCACUAGUAUCCCAGUUGACAUUUUGGAUACUCCUAAGGAAUACAUAUUCUUCAUGGAUUUUCCUGGUCUCUCCAAGUCUGAAAUUCAGGUGACAGUUGAAGAAGAGAACACACUUGUGAUAAAGAGCAACGGAAAAAGGAAACGCCAAGAUGGAGAAGAUGAAGGCUGCAAGUACCUUAGGUUGGAGAGAAGAGCGCCUCAGAAAAUGCUGAGGAAGUUUCGUUUGCCGGAGAAUGCUAAUGUGUCUGCAAUCACAGCUAAGUGUGAGAAUGGAGUUCUUACUGUGGUUGUAGAGAAGCAGACUCAACCUCCAAAAUCAAAAACAGUUGAAGUUGCCAUUGCCUAA